AUGUACCUGCGCCAUCUCACCUCGGACCCCGGAUCGGGCGCAAAUCUCCAGUCAUCAAGACCCCUUUACAAGCUGUCCUUCUUUGUACCCACAUUGCGCACAAAGCUGUGGAAAUCGGAGACCAUGUGGUGA